CUGUCAUCGGUCUGGUUAAGUUUCUACUUCCUGAGCUGAUCUCUUCUUGGUCUUCUGCGUAACUGAUGACACACAAGACAUUCCUAUGAUCAAUCUGUAGGUUUGUAAAGAACAGAUCAUGGUGAAAAGAAUCAGUGAUGUAUCUGAGCUGCAGGACUCUGGGUUUGGUAAGCCGUGGCCUCGACAUGGACUCAGACUCUUGUACUGGUUUGCUGAUCAAUGUAUUUCUGGCACAUGUAACAGUGAUAUGAUCCUGCUGUGUGACCCGGCUAGAGGAGAUUUUGGAUUUCACUUUUUUGCCAACCGAUGCAAUCAAGAUCCAAGUGUGAGGUUUCUUCCAAAUAUGAAGUCUCCUUAUUACGUUGUUGGCAAUCUGAAUUCACCGGGAGCUGAUAUGCUACCGGACUAUGUUGUGAAAGACAAGACUCGCAACCGUGAGGAUCAAAGCAAUGCAGAUCGUCUCAUCGUCUGCUUUCUUGGUGAGCAUAGAUUUGGGAAAGUUUAUGUGACCACACACAGCGAUCUGUCAAAUUAUGAUCCUCGUGCCACGUUCCACAUCACCAGGACUCUCCUCUGGAUCAUUAAAUCAUACCGAAGUAAAGAGGACUUUUUGACGGAUACUGGGUAUCAUAAAUCCAGACCAGCCGUGGCGAAUAAUAAGACCGUUUCCUCAGUGUGGUACUACAGCCCAGAACUCCGCAUGUGGGUCCCUAGAUUGGAUCAGCAGGUUUCCCCGCCAUCUCGUUUAUAUAAUAAUGAUGUCCGGAUACAGAUAACUGAUACAGACAAUGACACAGAAACGCAAAGCCAACCUGAGACAGAACCUCAAAGAAAGAGCUGCUGUGAACGUUUCUGUACUAUACUUUAAAACCUUCAUGAAAUUACAAACAAUGUUGGGAAUAUUUUAAAGAUCAACACCAAAAUAAGAGUCAUUUCCUUUUACUGAUUUUACUUUUAUUCAUUUUAUUUAGCAUUUUAUUUUUAUUAAAUGUCCAGCCCUGACUAAAACCUAAUUUAUAUACAUUUUGAAAAAAAUAUUUUAAUAAUUUAGUGAAUUGUAAUGAUUUUGUAAGGUUAUGUUGUCAAAUAUUUUUACAGUGAAAUCAUUUCUUAAAAUGCUUACUAUAUAAUUUGCACAAUGUGAUUUUAAUUUGUGGUUUUGACCUGUAUUUCAAUUUUUUUGUCAUACAUCUGCAGUUUUAUCCUUUAUCAUUAUGUCUUUGUAAAUGAUUAACCAUCAACAAGCAUAAAUGCCAUACAGUAUAUUUAUAAAUAAUGUGAAAGGUCAGUAUUGCGGCUAAUGACUUUUGCAGCAUAGUUUUAAUACAAAUUUUGCUUUGACUGGAAGAAAUGGUUUAGGUAGAAGAGGUUUAGGUAAUGUUGUUUAUCUUAUGAUGACACUGAAUUGUCUUUUUAUGCUGCUAUGAGUUUAUAUAUAUAUUUAAGUAAAGCACUUUACUUGAAGUGAGCACUCUGAAGGGAGUAGGGCAUUAUGAAACUCAUAUGUAUGCUUGUGGAACACCCUACAGGACAACACAAGUCACUGCCACUUAUUUUCAAUAAGAAUGUUGAUUUUAUAGCACAGAAAGUGAUAGCUCAUUUUCAAAACUAAGCAGUCGAUGUCCGACCAUCGACCUCUUGUACUGUGUACAUUUUAGGACAUCCUCAGACCUCAGCGUCAGUACUCAGGCAUCAGAUAAAACGGCACCUAAGACCUAAAAGCAUAGACAUUAUGUAGAUGCCUCAUGACGUGCUGGAAUGUAAUCCAGCGUCACCGCCAUAUUGGUUGGGUCUCUUGACUCGAGGUGUCAAUCGGAGUCAAAGGAGAGCAGGCCACCACACCAAGUGAAAAUCCGUAAAAAAUUGGGGAGUUAUGAUUAUUAUAGGUGGGGGGGACACCUUCCUCAGUAGAAAUAAAUGCAUUGGGGACCCAUCCAAGAUGGCAGCCGCGCUGAUACAUCAGCUCUAAUAGGCAGCGU